CCAAUUUUAACUUCCCGCCCAUCCAUUCAAACCCUUAUAAAAACCCUCCUUCGCCAUUAAAUUCAUUGUAAGAAGCUGUACCCUUCCAAUUCUCAUAUCCCUAAAUCAAAGUCAAGUAGCAACCGUCAGAGGAAGAAAAAUGUCCGGCCGUGGAAAAGGAGGAAAAGGGUUGGGGAAAGGCGGAGCAAAGCGCCACCGUAAGGUUCUCCGGGACAACAUCCAGGGCAUCACCAAGCCGGCGAUUCGGAGGCUCGCCAGAAGAGGAGGCGUGAAGAGAAUCAGCGGUCUAAUCUACGAAGAGACCAGAGGCGUGCUGAAGAUCUUCCUCGAAAAUGUCAUUCGUGAUGCGGUUACCUACACGGAGCAUGCUCGGAGGAAGACGGUGACUGCCAUGGAUGUGGUCUAUGCUCUCAAGAGGCAAGGAAGGACUCUGUACGGGUUUGGCGGUUAAGUUUAAAGCUUGGUUAAUUCUUCUGUGUUGAUCUGAAAUUUCAAAAAAUCAUUGUAGCAUUUGGGUUUUAUCUGAAUGAAAGCAUUUGCAGAUCUUUCUUUUAAGUUAUCAUUAUAUUAUGCGUGAUUGCUGAUACUGUUUCAUUUUCUGCUGGAGAAGAUUUGAUAUGAACAUCAAAGCUUUGAUUUACUCCUGUCCAAUUCAAGGCUGCCUCAAUUUAGUUAAACAAUAUCUAAAUUUUAUUUGUGACAGUAGUUUAUAAAGAAUUAAAUUUUAUUAUUGAAUAUACUUGGGAAUAGUUGAUUACUGUUGCUCAAUUAGUAUAACAGCAAUACAGAAUUGAUUUAUCAUAUAACAAGAACUCAUGUGCUGGGGCCUGGGGAAUCAACUGCCAGGCUUAAUGUGCUAAAUUUAAUUUAAAGAAUUCCUGGUAAUAUAACGGUGAUUGUGCCAGAAGCAGAGGUACCCGUAUAUGAUUUUUCCAAGCUCUGUCCCUGCAAAGAAUGUUCGGAAAAGGCAAAAGCGCUUAUUGAAUUUGAGAAUGAUCUCCUA